GCAUUAAAAUGCUCGGUACAAGUUUUUCUUCGCCUGUAGGCACAGCCAUAGGCGUUUCUUUGUUGGGACCACUUUACAUAGCCGGCAGCGUAGCCGUUUCUACAAGUUCGAAUUUGUGCCACAAUGGACAGAAAAUGCGUAUUCCUACAAUACAUAUGCAGCGCUCAGAAGGAACAAACGGAGCCAUGGGUGACAUCGGAGUGUCACAGGCAGAGCUGGUGGGCCCGAGUGGUGACAAUGCCCGCAGGUUGCCCCAGUAUCUAGCAGCCUUGUCAGCAACUGUGGGAGCUCUAGCAGCCGGUUCUAUGUUGGGUUGGUCUGCGCCAGUCCUCGUCGAGAUAGUUAAAGAAAACAACACUGAUUACGACUUCCCCAUUACCCAAGGCCAGGGGGACUGGAUCGGGUCCCUCAUCAACCUUGGAGCUGCCGCCAUCUGCUUUCCAAUUGGCCUCAUUAUGGAUUCUAUAGGAAGAAAGAAGACCAUGUUGUUCCUAGUGUUACCUUUCACGUUAGGCUGGUUGCUUAUAGCCUUCGCAACAAACGUCGCCAUGCUAAUGGCAGGAAGAUUUAUCAUUGGUGUGGCAGGAGGAGCCUUUUGCGUCACAGCUCCCGCUUAUACUAGUGAAAUCGCACAAGACUCCAUCCGAGGCAAACUUGGAACUUAUUUCCAAUUAAUGAUCACCAUUGGUAUUCUAUUUUCAUAUGUCGUGGGUAGUUACACUUCCGUGCUAACGUUCAAUCUUCUUUGCACGUGCAUACCAAUUAUUUUUGGAGUAAUUUUUUUCUUUAUGCCUGAAAGCCCAAGCUUUUUGAUUAUAAAAGGAAGAAAUGAGGAAGCCAGACAAUCUUUGGUCAGGCUGCGAGGCGAAGCUUACGAUGUGGACACCGAAUUAAACAGCUUAAAAUACAAAGCAGAACAAAGUCAACUGAACCAAGUGUCGUUCGUUAAGAGUAUUACCAAAAAAACUGCCAUGAAGGCGAUUCUAAUUUGCUAUGCUCUUAUGGUUUUACAACAGUUAUCUGGUAUAAACGCGGUAUUGUUCAAUACGACUGCAAUAUUCGAAAGUGCUGGUGCAACGAUACCAUCUGAAAUUGCAACUAUUGUCAUUGGUGUCAUCCAAGUCAUUGCAACUUUCAUUUCGAGUAUGAUUGUUGAUAAAUUGGGCAGACGCAUUCUCCUUCUAUUCUCAGCCUUGGUCAUGUGUUUAUGUACUACCGCUUUGGGCGUCUUCUUCUUCUUGCGAGAUAAACAUGGUAUAGAUUCUGAAAUUCUGGAACCAAUUUCAUGGCUUCCUCUCUUGUCUCUUUCCCUGUUCAUUAUUGCCUUCUCGUUUGGUUUCGGUCCUAUUCCUUGGAUGAUGGCUGGUGAGCUCUGUCUAAUUGACAUCAAGGCGUUUGUGGCUUCAACUGCAGGUACCCUUAACUGGCUACUAAGUUUCACUGUGACUAGCACUUUCAAUUCUCUAAAUGAUGCUAUUGGAUCAGGCCAAGUGUUCUGGAUAUUUGCCGGAAUCAUGCUACUUGGAUUCGUGUUCAUCUUCUUAAUUGUGCCAGAAACGAAAGGAAAGAGUGUAGAUGAGAUUCAAGUGAUGCUGGGAGCAGAGCAACAGCCACUAAGAAGGGAUGAUAUGGAAAAGAAAUAAUUCAAUGAAAUCGAAACAGACUGACUGUUUAUAUAUGUAGUAUUUUUGUACCAAUAUUGAUGAGUACCGCCAAUAGUUUCUUUGCUGUUUUCUUGCUUUGUACGCAAUAUUUAUUAUUUCCUAGAACCAAAGAACCAUUCUGGAUUUUCAUAUAUCAGUAAUGUUAAGACUAUGCAGCGUGAAUUUGUAUUUAUACGAAUAUUUAUUUACUGCAAGUAAUGUUUUUUCUUGUAUUACUUAAAUAUCAGUUUUUUGCCAGACAGCUUUAAAUCGACGAUAUUUUAAGUUCUCGACAUAACGGUAAUUUAACAAUAAAUCAUGAUAACUGCGUAUGUUACAUUGCAUUUAUGUCAUUUAUAGAUGAAUGAACACCACAUUAUGACGCUGGCAUAUUUUAUGGCUAGGUAUCUAUAUAAUAAGAUCGUUUAGAAAUCGAAAGCACCGUACCGAAAUAACACGUAGAACCAUUUCUAAAGUUUCCAUAAAAUGUUUUGGAAAUCAUUGUAGUUUUUUUAAGUUGUUGUAUUGUAAUAUUUUGUAGUAAUGAUGUUUACAACGGUUUUAACAAUAUAUUAGCUUGUAGUGGAUACAAUAUUAAAUGUGUACCAAAAUUAAACUUACAUUUAGGUAAGUAUUUACAUUAUUUUAAAUGUGUGUGAAAGCAAGAAUUAAAAUAUACAAAAAAAAUGUUUCAUGUGAAUUAUAUGAUAUUGACAGUAAUUCAAAUAUCAAGAAAAUGUAUUGAUAAUGAGAUUUACCAUAUAAAUACGUAAUGAAUUUAGAUUAUUCAUUUUGAAAUACUUUUCCAUGCCUUAUAUUGCCAUAAUU